GUAGCUUCGUAAAACGCGUUCAUUCGGAACCGAACGGAAAUACGAUAGGUCCACGGAUUGAGAAGGCAGAGAGUGUACGAGAGAGGCCCAUCACCAUCUCGCGGCCAAGGGUGUGAUAAGACACGGCACGGAAUCGGAGAGCGCGAUCACCGAAUCUAUGCGUCUCCGUAGUCAGGGAUAGAUAAAGCAUCACCUGUGCCGAUGCUCCGGUCAGUCACGAAUCGAGGCCUCGCGGGUAUUGCCACACAGUUACCCACACACCUCGAAAUAGGUUACACGUGCGUUUGUGCCGGUGUGCGCGUGUCGAGUUGACAUUUUAUCUGCUUUUUAAAAGCUCCAAUUCAGGCUCUAGAUGUGCGAUCUAGUGGAAAGGGAAGUUAAGAAAAAAAUCUAGGAACCGUUGUCUCGUUGUCGAAAGAGUGAGAGUGAUCCACAGCAUUCGGUGUAGGUUUGAGUGUAUGUGCGUGUCGUUGGGUUUUUUUUCGCAGAUUCUUAAUUUCAAAUUAGGGCCCCAGAUGAGAAUCGAGAUCAUCGCAUCACAGUAGGUGAUAAGAGAAACGAUCAAUAAGGCUUGCGCGAGCCCCCUAGACAUCAGCAGGUUAAAAGCAGUGUGAGAUUAAGCGAGCGUGCAGGUGUGUGCGCGUGUGUGCGUGUCUAUGUGUUAGGCAGGUGGCGAUCAUCGCUCUGCUGCUUGGAUAACAUCAACGAGACGAGAUCAACACCGGGGUGGAUCCCCAGUAGUAGCGGAGCAAACGCAGCAACCGCAGCGCUAAAGAGCGACUGUCCAAAGUUCACGCACCAGUUCGAGAGCGAUAGAAGAGUGCGAGUAAAAAUGCAAAUCCUACCCACGGAUUCGUUGCUGACGAUGGUACUGGAGGAAGGUGCAAAUGCGACGCAACAGGCGGCCGGUCUGAGCGCACUGAGGCCACGGCAGACGGGCGAUGACGAUACACCGACGAUAGCCAAAGUGACCUCCAUGGUGGUACUGUUCAGUGUCAGCAUGGUUUGCGGUCUCGUACCGUUCAAGCUGGUCCAGUGGUUCAACAUCAAUCCCCAGUCACCGUCCGGCGGUACGCAUCUCUUUCUCAUCCGAUUGCUGCUGUCGUUCGGUGGCGGUGCCCUACUCAGCACCACCUUUCUGCAUCUGCUGCCCGAGAUUAACCACUCGAUAGCGGCCCUCCAGGAGACGGGCGCGUUGCCACAGCCGGAAGAGCUUCCGUUCCCGCUCGGCGAGUUCCUGCUGACCAGUGGCUUCUUCAUGAUCUACCUCCUCGAGGAGGUCGUGCACUGGUGGAUGCAUCGACGAUCGGCAAGGGCACAUCAUCGGAGUACCAAGGCUGGCGCCACCAGUACCACCAACAGCAAAGCGCAUCUGCACACACAUGAUACGAUGAUGGCCGAAUCGAAGCAAUCGCACGCUCACGGUCAUUCGCACCUACCGGUGGGCAACGUGACGGCCGUCUAUCCCAUAACCGAUGUUGACGGAACGCAGAUUGUACCGGAAGCGGUGGCUGGCGAGGCGGAUAGCACCGUGGCACCCGUCAGCUCUAGCUCCCUCCGUGGGUUGCUUAUCGUACUGGCCCUUUCGAUCCACGAGCUGUUCGAGGGUCUGGCCGUCGGUCUCGAGCGGUCACCAUCGGCCGUGUGGAUACUGUUUGGUGCGGUCGCUUCGCACAAGUUCGUCAUUGCGUUCUGCGUUGCGUUCGAGCUGCUAGUGGCCGCUGUACGAUUCCGUGUGGCCAUUGCCUACAUCUUCGUCUAUUCGGUGGUCAGUCCACUCGGUAUCGCCAUCGGUAUUGCGCUCAGCUCGGUUGGUAAUGAUGCCAACCAGACGAUCGAGGUCGUCUCGGUGAUACUGCAGGGACUGGCCAGCGGUACGCUGCUGUACGUCAUCUUCUUCGAGAUAUUGGCCAAAGAUUCCGGCCACAGCCACGGUGGAGGCGAGAAAGCCGAACAACAGCAGGAGGAUCACGGGGGCCACAAUCAGCCUUCGACGAACGGGCUGUGGCAGUUCUUUGCCGUCCUCGUUGGCUUCGGUCUGCUGUUCGGUAUUAUGGUUGCAACGGGCCACAGUCACGAGCAUGGUCACAGCCAUGGAGGUUCCGAUGAGCACGAUCAUGAUCACGAUCACGAGCACGAUGACCACUGAAAACUACCAGCACCAAACCCCUUAACUUACGCAGUGUAUACUUAAUCUUUACAUGCAUGGACGAAACAGAGCAACGUCGUAUUAUAGUUGUACCUUGAGGACGAUGGCGUACGCUAGCGAUUUCAAAACCGCAGCUCCGUGUCUAACGAUCCAAAGAAUGUGAUACAGUUUUUAAAAAAACUUACUCUAUAUUGCAUGAGUUGUAAGAAGAACAGGACUCAAUCGGUGCUAACAUAUGAACAGAGCAAGAGGUGAAGAGACGUUACUUACUAUUACUUCGAAUAGGAUAGCGAGAGACGGAGAGAAGAAAAGGUUUUACUACGCGGCUGCGCUCAUUACUUACAUUCGCAUUAUUGUAAGGCAUUUAAAUAAAACUAAACGAUGUUUAUGAUAAGCUA